AUGCAGCUUCCGACGAUGAGAAGAAAAACCUUUCGGCGCAGGUACGGCGCUGCCCCAUUACUCCUUCCCCUUCUCAUUUUGCUGGUGCUGCUGGCUGUGUGGUGCAUCCAUCUAAUCGUUCCGAAGGGCAUAUCACCUGCUGAGACAGUGGCAAAUGAGGAACUAAACAAUGUAGACGUAGAGGAGCAAGUUCACGAAGAAAAACCACCGCAGUUAGUGACGGAUGAUUCAUUUGCCGUGUUGGCGCGCCGCAUUCUUGAUGGCAGUCGACACAUUGGUGAGGACAUGGACAUCCAGUUGUUUGCCAUCUGGCAUGGUGCGUAUCCAAGGCGGAAGGCCGUCCUGCAGGACAUCCACAAGAAUUUUGUGAUACUGGAUCUGGCGGAGUUUGACUGGGGUGGAACACCCACUGAGUUCGGCAAGCAGCUGACAAACCUCUGGAUACUGUACAGCGGCAAGGGCGGCUGGGACAAGGUCGGCAUGGAGAAGAAAUUGCUUCAGUGCGGCUUUGGACGAUUUACGGCCGUUGUUGUGGCGGAUCUUAAACCUCACUACCGAACAAAGAUGACAGCACACGGCAAGGAUAUAGUCAAUGUGCUGAUGCACAAGAAGAAAAACAUGUACCGGUCAUGGACUGGUGGCGGGUUCAAGGUACACGGCACAUUUUCCACACAGGAGGCGAACCAUGACAUCCGCCUCUUGUUCCAUAGAACCUUAGAGGGUGUCUUGAAAAACGCGCUGGAGACGCGUGCCUACGCGCGGGAUCUCGUGUCAGUGUACCUCAGCAAUGCCAAACCGUUCUUCACGAUACGGGAGGUCUACGGCUCCGCCUACGACGAAGGGGAGCAGUGGGCUUGGUCGUGUGAUGACUUCAUCUUCGCACUGGGCUCGCUCACGAAAGUGCGCGUGUCGGACGCGGAAACGAAGGUUGUGUUGUGGCUGCAGAGUUCCUCGCCACCAGGAAAACCGUACGUGGUGGAGAUUUUGAAGUUAACCACGUGCAUAGCGUGGCCCGAGUCACUACUCCUGGAGGUGCCACCGUCGGAGAUGUGGGGCGCUAUUGCGUUGCUGAACGCUACCCCUAUAAAGGAAGGGUUUGCGCAAUUGGAUAGCGACUUCAGUGUUGCGCUGGAAGGGGCCACGCGUGUGCUGCAGGUCAGGCCCUACGCAUGA